AUGGCAGUGGUACUAAGAAACAAGAAUCUGAUAGUGGAGCGGGAGCAUGAAUCGGACAGGAAUGGGGGGAUAAGUAUGGCAGUUGUACUAAGAAACAAGAAUCUGAUAGUGGAGUGGGAGCGUGGGUGGGUGGGCAAGAAUAAGUAUGGCAGUGGUACUGAGAAACAAGAAUCUGAUAGUGGAGUGGGAGCGUGGAUGGGUGGUAUGUUUCGUGUUCCUGACUACCAAGAGAACCUUUCUCUGAGACUGUCUGAGGUCCUUGAUGACAUUGGAAUUAGUGAGGAAAUGGUACUCAAGAGGAGAAGGUCAACCCUACUGUAUGAAACUAUGGCUACAGUUCUAAGCAUGCCUAUAAAAAAUAAGUCCAUUCACAUGUUUGGCAGUUUUUCUGAGGGCACAACAACAGCAGAACUUCGUUCAGAUAUAGAUUGUCUACAAUGUGAUUUUGAUUAUAACGUGAUACAGGACUAUGCAAAAUGGAAACAUGGCUUCAAAAAUCUUCUGAUGAUCCGUGAUAAUACCACAUCACCAGGUUACUGUCUUCUACAACAGAUUAGAGAUGAUGUACCGCUUCCUGCUACACAUGCUCUAGAUAAGUACCAUGUUAGAGAUGCAAGUAGGAGGGUGUUGUUAAAGAAUACUGUAUAUAGCGAUAAUACGCCUGCAGAUGCUGAACAACAUGGUCCGUCAUGGGCUAGACAGGGAAUACCAGGAAUAAAAGACAGUGACCAUGUUCCUGCAAUGCAUUGUAAGUCAUGGCCCUAUGAAGCUACAGCCUGGUUAGACAGAAAAAGGAUAGGAAGUUGGCCCACUGCAGACAUGAAGAGAUUUGCAGCAAAUAAUGGUUGUUUUGUUGUUCCUGUUGGAAGUAAAGUCAGCCAGAGUCCAGAGCUUGAAUGGAGAAUUUCUACUUCACAAGCAGAGAGAUGUGUAAUGUUUAGUUUAAACAUUACACAAAUACGCUGUUAUGUGUUGAUGAAAAUGAUUCUGAAAACAUUUCUUCAUCAUGCUGGUGAAGGUAACAUUUCAAGUUUUAUGUGUAAAACAAUUCUGUUGUAUUGUAUUGAAAACACACAUUCAAAUGCAUGGCAGGAAAGUAAUUUAUUUACAUGGUUAUCAUGUUGUUUACAUGUACUGUACAAGUGUUUACAACAGGAGAACUGCCCACAUUUCAUUAUACCAGAAAACAACCUCAUGGCAGGACAGUUUUCCCCUGAAGUCAAAGCUUUGCUGUUAGAAAGAACAUCUUUUCUAAUACAAACUGAUGGACAAGCAUUGCUCGAGGUCCAGAUUGAUGACCUUGGUCAAAGACUGCAGAUCAAGCUGAACAUGUUAUAUCAGAUAGCAGAAAAUAUUUCAUCUAAGAAGGAAAACUAUCUCUGUAUUUCAGGAAGAUCAUUACAUGACAUAGCUAGUAAUAUCCCUUUGUGUAGUGGUGAAACGUUAUUAAAAAUAAUUCAAAACAGUCCUGUAACAACUGUACAGACUUUGCUCAAUGUAAUUGCACAUUAUAAGAGAUGUUAUAUAAAAGGAAGUAAGUUAGAACAGAAAGCAUGCAGUCUCCUAACACCAUUGGUCUGCUCAACACUGGGAACUACAAUAGCCUCCAUAAAUAUUCAGACAAACAACGCUUUACCUCCAGAAGCAUUAGACUGGUUAUCUGCAGGUUUGAAUUCUGAUGUUGCAUCUAGUAGACUGAAACUUUCGUCUGUAUUCUACAGUGUGGGGAAUAUGAUAGAAACAGAAUUCAUUUUAAGAAAUACAGAGGGACAUUAUGGCUUUGGCAUCACUGAGGCUGUGUGUGGCUGCUAUGAACACUUCACAGAUACAAUAUUGAGAAUGUUUGCAGAAGCUGCAUAUCAUCAAAAUGAAGAGGUUGUAAGAAAUGUCUGUGCAUUUUGUGUCAAAUUUACUCCUGCUGAGACCCAUUGUGUUCCUCGGGAACUGCAGUAUGAAAUGAAUCGAUCUACUCUAGCUGACUUGCUGCAUAGAGAUGAAGUCCAUGACUACUGGAUGGAUUGGGCAGUGGUAGACUCUCUUCCUUACCUCUAUUUCCUACAAUACAAGACCUACAGACACCUUCAGAGGUCUGAUGAUCAGCAUCAAGCACUUGCUAAUCUUGCUAGAACAGUUGAAACAGAGGUCAACCUUGGUCACAGGGAAACAGCCCUGAAUCUACUUGGACAGUGCAUGGAACAAGAGAACCAACCUAACAAAGCUUUAAUCUGCUACAUGAGGUCACUAAAGAUAAGAGAAAGAAAUAACGCAGCAAGACUCCACAUCUGCAGACUUCUAGCGAACUUUGUGUCAAAUCUAAGAUGACAUUUUACAUGUACUAGUAUCAGCUUCACAACACUUUUCCUACAUUUUCAACAAAUACCUAAGAAUAAUAGAAGAAACAUUCAUGACCGUCUAAGUUUGCAUUUUGCUUUAACCUUUUCCCUGUUAAUUUCUAUAAUGGACCGGCCCAUCAUUCAAUUUACGCACUACCACUUAUUAUUCAGUGGGGUGUUCACUUACCAUGGCUGAUCAUGGUCUGCACUGGUUGCAAAGACAGAAUCAUCUGUCGGUAGUAGGCGGAAGGUUAAAUUGAACUUCAUAAUAAAACCUAUGAAAUAUCCUAUGGAAACAUAAAAUGUAAUCAAGAUAAAUAAUACUUGGUCUGACUGAGUCUUUUAUUGAGAUGUAGUGACAAUGGUAAUAGCAAUGGUUUAAUCCUUACCCUGCUAAAAUUCUAUAAUAAACCUGUCCAUCUUCCAACUUGGACAGUACCAUAAACUGUCAAAAGGGGUGCUUACCAAAAAGGUACAGACUGAAUGGCGAACAGUACAGAUCUUUCUUAGACUGCAUAGAUGUGCAGGCUGAUUAAGAUCUACACUGUUUGCAAAGGCAGGAUCAGUCGUGUCCAGCAUGAUAAGGGUAAAGGGGAAUAUUUUAGUGUAUUCCAUGAUCCCAAUGGUCCAGAAAAUAUAAAGGUCUUAGAAUUUGGAAAAUU